AUGUCACCACACGCCACAACCGAUAAGAAACAAUCAGGAACCGCUAGAGUAUUGGGUUCUGCUUCUGCUGGGAUCUGUGAAAUCGCAGUUUUCCAUCCAGUGGACACCAUUUCCAAGAGAUUAAUGUCAAAUCAUGGUAAGAUUACCUCUGCUACCCAAUUAAACAGCGUUAUUUUCAGAGAACACGCACAAGAAGUAUUGGGAAAGAGAUUAUUCACGUUAUUCCCUGGUUUAGGAUAUGCUGCUUGUUACAAGAUCUUACAGAGAGUUUACAAGUACGGUGGACAACCAUUUGCUAACGAGUUUUUGACUAAGAAUUUCAAGGACAACUACGAAUCGUGGUUUGGUCCUAAGACCGGUAAGGCGUUAUUAUCGGCCACUGCAGGUUCGAUUAUUGGUAUUGGUGAAGUCGUGUUAUUGCCUUUGGAUGUGUUGAAGAUCAAACGUCAAACAAACCCUGAAUCUUUCCGUGGUAGAGGUGUAUUGAAGAUUUUUGCCGAUGAAGGAUUUGGUUUGUACAGAGGUUGGGGUUGGACUGCAGCCAGAAACGCUCCUGGUUCUUUUGCUUUGUUCGGGGGUAACUCUUUUGCCAAAGAAUACAUCUUUGGCUUGAGUGACUACUCGUCUGCCACUUGGUCUCAAAAUUUCAUCACAUCCAUCUUCGGUGCCUCUGCUUCUUUGAUUGUUUCUGCCCCAUUGGAUGUCAUCAAGACCAGAAUACAAAACAGAAACUUCGAUAACCCUCAAUCUGGUUUCACAAUCUUGAAGAAUAUGGCCAAAAAUGAAGGUAUUAGCUCUUUCUUCAAAGGUUUAACCCCAAAGCUUUUAACCACCGGUCCUAAGUUGGUCUUCUCGUUUGCAUUAGCUCAAUCCUUGAUCCCAGCCUUUGAUAAAAUGUUGAAAUAG